CUAGAAAGUCGUGUAAAUUGACUCUGAGCCCAGUCUGAGUAAACGAGAAUACAAAAACCCCUUAAAAACCAUUUCCAUAGCCCCGAAGCAUUUGCAGAGAGCUUCCAUUCGCGCUCGCAGAUUCAAUCAACAAAUUCUUCAAAUUUGAUCUCUUUGAUAUUCAUCUCUGGCAGAUCCAUCCCUUCAAUAUCUCAAAAUUCACACAUAUAUGUAAUUUUUCCUUUGUUUUUUGGUGGUCGAAGAAAUCAGAAAUGGCAAACGUAGCGUGCGACUAUCGGUUUCUUCUCCUCGUUGCAGCCGUGGCCUUCAUCUACAUCCAGAUGCGGCUGUUCUCUACGCAAUCAAAGUAUGCGGAUCGUCUUGCUGCUGCGGUUGAAGCAGAGGACCAUUGUACAAGUCAAACGCGAUUGCUAAUUGAUCAAAUUAGCUUGCAACAAGAACGAAUUCUGGCCCUUGAAGAACAAAGGAAACGCCGAGAAGAAGAGUGUGGACAGCUGAGGGAUCUUGUUGAAGAACUUGAAACGAAAGGCCUACAGAGACUGACUGACAAAGUACAGGUACCAGUGGCAGCAGUGGUGAUUAUGGCUUGCAGUCGUGCUGAUUAUCUGGAGAGGACAAUUAAGUCUGUUCUAAAGUAUCAAAGUCCUGUUGCUAUGAAGUAUCCUGUUUUUGUAUCCCAGGAUGGAUCACAUCCAGAUGUUAAAAGCAAGGCUUUGAGUUACGAUCAGCUAACAUAUAUGCAGCACUUGGAUUCUGAACCAGUGCAAACUGAAUCUCCUGGAGAGUUGAUUGCGUACUACAAAAUUGCUAGUCAUUACAAAUGGGCACUGGAUGAAUUGUUCUACAAGCGUAACUUCAGCCGUGUGAUCAUACUUGAAGAUGAUAUGGAAAUUGCCCCAGACUUUUUUGAUUACUUUGAGGCUGCAGCAGCUCUCCUUGACAAGGAUAAGUCCAUUAUGGCUGUUUCCUCAUGGAAUGACAAUGGGCAAAAGCAAUUUGUGCAUGAUCCUUAUGCACUCUAUCGCUCAGAUUUCUUUCCUGGACUUGGGUGGAUGCUGGCUAGAUCUAUAUGGGAUGAGCUGUCUCCAAAAUGGCCGAAGGCUUACUGGGAUGACUGGUUGAGGUUGAAAGAGAAUCACAAAGGUCGACAGUUUAUUCGCCCAGAAGUUUGCAGAACAUAUAAUUUUGGAGAGCAUGGUUCUAGUCUGGGGCAGUUCUUCAAACAAUAUCUUGAGCCAAUUAAGAUGAAUGACGUCCAGGUUGAUUGGAAGUCAAUGGAUUUAAGCUAUCUGAUGGAGGACAAGUUUAUGAAGUUCUUUGCCAACAUUUUGGAAAAAGCUAAAUCUAUCGAAGGAACUGAUGUUGUUUUAAAGGCAUAUAAUAUAGAUGGCGAUGUACGUAUACAAUACACCAACCAAUUUGACUUUGAGCUCAUUGCACGCCAGUUUGGAAUUUUUGAAGAGUGGAAGGAUGGUAUACCGAGGACAGCAUAUAAAGGAGUAGUUGUUUUCCGAUUCCAGACCUCACGGCGUGUAUUCCUCGUUGGUCCAAAUUCCCUCAACCAGCUUGGGAUUGAAGGUGCUUGAUGCAGAGACAGAGUUUACGAGGAGAGUAUAUAUUUAUUGGUAGACACCGUGGUUCUGGCAAAAUAACUAUUUUUGAAGCGGACGGGUCAUUCAUACAAUUUUAGAUCAUCAGUACAAUUUACACUAAGGGAUCUGGCCCCGAGUUCACAGGCUGAGUUUCUCAGCAGCGAUAUCAACCUCUGUAAUCGUCACAUUUUAACUACUAAAUGUAGCAGACACCAGAUUUUGUGCUCUUCAAAGAGGGUAUUCUCAAGAAGUGUAGACAUAUGCAAGAUGGUCUUAAUAUGGGCAAGAAGAUUCCAUGACUUUUUGUAAACUUUUCAAUCUUGAUUAAUCCCUCUAGUUUCUUUGAUUGAUCA